UUGAAUUUGAGUGCAAGAUCUAUUUUCACCAUCUUGUAUUUAUAUCCAAUAGUUCUACAGCCACUACAAAUGAUAUGAUUACCCUCACUUUCUUCAUUUUCUAUUUAAAUAAAACCAAAUGUACUUGUUACACUAGCUAGUAGUGUUGUUUGAAUGUCUUUCUUCAUAAAAAUGAGUUUUUCAUGGUUGGAGUAUUGGUUGGUGAAACAUCCAACAAUACAUAAUUUCUCAUGGAUCAAAGGCCAAACCCUAGGCUCAUCUCUUCACUUUUUAUGCUUCACAAUCCUCUUUUACCUUUUGUUCAUCUUCACUCUCUCUUGUAUCAUCUCUCUACCAUCCAUACCUAAAUACAUCCUAAAACCAAUCUCAGCCGUCCAUAGCAUGUUCCUCAUGCUCCUCUCAUUCAUAAUGGCCCUUGGUUGCAUACUCUCCGCUUUUUCCCAUGCACCUCACCUCCAGUGGAUUAUAUGCAUCCCUCGACACACACAACCCACUGGGCCCAUAUUCUUCUGGACUUAUAUCUUCUAUCUAUCCAAGAUCCUUGAAUUCGUGGACACGCUCCUCAUCAUUCUAAGUAAGUCAAUCAAACGACUCACGUUCCUCCACGUGUACCAUCAUUCAACCGCUGUAGUCAUGUGUUACAUCUCGUUACAAACAUCUGAAACAAUGUUCUCUGUCGUGCUCAUUACAAAUGCUUCAGUGCAUGUGCUAAUGUACACUUACUACCUAUCGUGCGCACUGGGUGUGUAUCCGAAAUGGAAGAAGCUUGUCACAAAUUGUCAAAUCAUACAGUUCUUAUCGAGCUUUUUUGCUUUGGGUCCAAUGUUGUAUUACCAUUUCAGAUUAGAUUCGGGUUGCUCUGGAGCUUGGGGUUGGAGCUUCAAUAUGGUUUUCUAUACUUCUCUUCUCAUUUUGUUUCUUGACUUUCACAAAAAGAAUUAUGGUGCAUCUUCAAACACAAUCUAUGGUUUCAACAAUAAUGUUAACCCAUCCAAGGCGUUCAAAAUGUAAUUAAAUUAAUCAUAUAUUUUCUUUCUGUAACAUAAGCACUUUUGAAAGAGCUUUUAAAAA